ACGUUCUUUUCUUUCUGGACUGCAAUGGACUACCAAUUUUUGCUUACCUACAGCUCUCACCAGUUCCUCCCAUUCCCUUAACAGGUGUCUGGUCACGCCUCCAGACCCUGCCUCUGGACCAGGCAGUGUGGAAGGAAGCAUUUGCUGGGAAACAAUGACCAGGACCCAAAAGGGAAAGACCUUUAUCUCGCACCGUUUCCAUCAGUCACUUCCCCCACGGCUGGGAUGGGGCAUGAUUUUCUCCUACUUAAAACCAAGAAACAAGGAGGAGUGUGCCUCCAUCUCUGGUGUGCCUCCAGUCUUCCACUUCAGCCCUCAGCGCUGUGCACACCUCAAGAACCAAUAUUUGAAAGAGGCCGCUACAAACCUUACCUUCUCUCAGGAGGUGGUGUGGCAGCGAGGCCUGCCCAGCAUUUCUUACAGCCAGUACAGCUUUGACCACCUCUACAACAUACACAACAUCCUCCAGCCUCCCCAGAUCAGGAAGGCCCGACCUGACAAACCCAUUGGCUUCAAGUUCUUAGAUUCUUCAGGUCCCUCGGCAAGAGUCACCUCCCAAGCUAUGAAGACAGAAAUCUCUGCCAAUCUUAAGAAGCUGAAGAAAGCAGAGCCGGUGAGUGCAGUCCCGGAAACAUCUUGCCCUCUCAUUCUUCAUCCCUGCCAGGAUCCAGACGUGCUAGGUCUGUCACUUUCUCCAGAUGUGAACCUGGAGGAGAGGGAAGCCUGGCUUCUGCCGCCUGAGAAGGAGGCUAGAGCCUGGGAGGCCAUCGUGCUGGAAAAACUGAACAAGCGCACUGCCCGAUGGAUCCAGAACAAGCGUCCUCUCAGGCCUGGGGUGUCCCCCAACAAGUGGCAGAGCUUCCUGCGCCAGCAACGUGACUGGAGUCACAUCCGGGAUGAGCUCACUUCCGCCAGCGACCUGCAGCUCUUGAAACAGCUGGAGGAGGAAGAGACAGCAGAAUUUGAGAGUCGAAGUGUCAUCCUGCCCACCCAGGAAGAAAAGAAGCCAGAGCGGCUGCUUCCUGUUUACUAUAGAUUGCCCAAUUACUUGCCACAAGUGCAGACAGCUGAAACCAUGCCUGGCAAUAAUAAGACCGCUGAGGACAUCAAUGGAAAGAGGAGCAUCUGCCAGCCCCAAAACCAGAGCUACUUCCGACAAGGGAAUUUCCAAGCUGGAAAGUUUGCUUACUCCACAGACAACACCUUUGAACAAGAGAUUUACUUUGAUAAAAUCCAGGUCAUCUACCAGAUUGGUGCAAAGAGAGACCAAAUUUUCCUGGAAAACCUCAACCGGUACAACAAGCAGCUAUCUAAGGUCUUCCCUGAAACCCCAGAAAGGUGGACUUCCCAGCCAGUUCCUGAAGCACCUUGUAGGCCUGUGAAAGGAGCCCGGCGCUGGACUGCUCUGCCCACCCCAGCCAAGGAUCUGCUGUUGCAGGUGGGUGAGGAGGACGUGUCCACUAAGACCAGGAGACUGAAGAAGCAGGAAAAAUCACUGCAAGAGGAUGUGACUUGGGAACUGGUGGUCCUGCGGAGGAUGCUGCAGGAAUGGAAGGCUGCCUGGGCUCUAAUCAUCGAGUGGCACCAUGAGACAAUAGAGGGCCUGCUGCAGAGCUUGAUGGACAUGCACGAUGACAUUCGAAUCCAAGCCAUCAUCACAUGUGCCACAGCUGCUUUAGAACGGCCCCGGACUGUCACCAGCCAGGGGAAUUCAGACAAGGAGGAGACUGUGAAAGCCCCAUCUAUCCAGGACUUGCCAGAGGUUCUACAGCCCGCUCUGGAGGCUGCCCUUUGUGACAAGAAUGCCAAUGUGCGGAUGGCAGCAGCAGUAUGCCAAUAUGCCAUAAAGUCACAUAAUCCCAUUGCCCGGGACAUCAUGCAGACUGCCCUUUUGAAGGGUAAUAGCGUGGACAGCUGGGCUGCAGCUCAAUGCUUGGCUCUGGAAGGCACUGCCACUUACCCCGUAAUUAAAAGGAUCCUCCAUCAGCUGUUUAACAAGAAGAAUGAGGACACUGAGCACCAGUCUUGUAUGCUCCUGAGCCAUCUCAGUGGGAAGACAACCCUGAUACACACCAUGCUUGCCGUGGAGCUGAAUAGCCAUCAAUGGAAGGAUCGGAUUGUGGCCUGCCGGGCUCUCUCCCGGAUCAGUGGAAAUGUCAGUUUGGAUAUGAAACAUAAGUUGAUCCAGCUGAUGUUGACUGACUGGAAUAAGGAAGUGAGAAAAGCAGCUGCCCAAGCUCUGGGGCAAAUGAACCUUGGGAAAGAGGUACAUGACACGAUCAGAGUCAAGCUGGGUCAAGGAAAUCCCCAGGAGCGUGUGGAAGCCCUCUCCCUGAUUGGUAGGCUCAAGCUCAUGACCACCAAGCUUCUCCCAAGCUUCCUGAACUGCUUCUCUGAUGACUUCAUGGCAGUUCGACGGGCAGCCUGUUUGGCAGCAGGUGCCCUGCAGAUCCGUGAUAAGAUGGUCUUUGAAUGCCUUCUGAAUCUGAUAGAGAGAGAUCCUUAUUGGAAAAUCAAGGCCUUUGCCAUUCGAGCUUUGGGACAGAUUGGCCAAGUGACUCCCCAACUGACAAACCUCCUGCUCUGGGCUAUCCACUAUGAAGAGUCACCAGGUGUACGACUAGAAGCUUGCCGUAGCAUCCUAGCCCUCAAACUUCAAGGGGACCAGGUCAGGGACACCUUCCUAGACGUGCUGCUCCUAGAGAACCAUGAUGCUAUUCUAAAGGAAAUUUACCAGGCAAUGAAGAUACUCAACUUAGAAAAUGAAGGAAACCAAGAAAUGCUUCAGGAGAUCAAGAACAGGAUUCAAAUACUAAGCCAAAAGGACUUGCUGAUGCAGAAAAUAUUCAAGAUUGAGAUGGCCAUAGGAAAAGUGAAGGAGGAAGCAAAACGUGUUUACUUGCAACCCAAAGAGGGGCAAAAACCACUCAAACUCCAUACUUUUCUCCAAGAAAUUUUUCAGGAUGAGGUGGUGGUUCCUAGAAGACCAUCUGAGAUUUGUGACACUGAAGAAGUCAUAAAGCCUCUGAGGCCCCCCACACCAAAUCCCUGGUCACAGAGUCCAGUCCUGGGCCUAAACACAAGAAGCAGAGGUCACUCAUCACUUGUCAGAGAUCUACGCACCACCUGGGAAAAAGGGAUUGCAAUGGGACCAUUUGGAUCUGACAACCCAGAUCUCUAGCUGGGUAAAUACUCACAGAA